CUGGAAACGAGAACUUUUUGGAUUUCUAUCUAUUUUUAUAAAUCGUGGUGAUUUCCCGGAGGCACCCCAGAGUCCCAACAAAUCGUCCUCAUUGGCUUUAGGACAUCCAUCAAUGCACACCCCUCCGCCACGCACUCUCUGGUGCCAUCUGGGAUUGGCCUUCCCUCCAGGUUUCGGAGGCAGCCAUUCAUGUGUGGCAUCGCACCGAACAAGAGGAACGCCGAUGGACUUCAUUCAUCCCCAGUAUCUUCCCCAGGUCCGUCGUUGUUGAAGGAGUCAUCAGCCUCGUCGCGCCGGUCGUCGCGCCGGUCGUCCCGAUCGUUGCGCCGGUCGUUGUCAUCAUCCCCAGUAUCUCCCCGAGGUCCGUCAGGGUCCAAGGAAUCGCCAGUAUCUCGACCGGGUCCGUUGGGAUUGAGAGAACUAUCGGCCCUGAAAGCACAAUUGCAUGCGUGACCCGAGAGUCCAUUAAUUUCCGACAUCAGGAGUUCCUGCAUGCAUGCUUACGAGUCUGGUCGUCGCAUCGCGCCGCUGCCGGAGCUGCUGCUGUCGCUGCCAAGAGAGCUCCAUCUAUUGAGCCCGGAGUAGCUCUGAGAUUGCGCUGGACGAGAGAUUGAGGAAGCGGCGUUGUUGGAGUCCGUGUUGCCUGGCCCAUUGCACCCAUCUCACCCCACAUAUACAUUUUGCAUCCAUUCUGAGGCAUCCAUAGACUUUCGAAUGACUGAAUUAAAGUCCACUCGAAUGUAUGCAAUUUUACAACCGACA